AUCAAUUUAGAUUUUAGUCCCAAACUAGACGUUGCUCUUGAAGCUUAUCGAACAUGUUGCCUGCUUUGAAAAUUAUUUUCGUUUCUCUUAUCAUAACGUCAACAAUAGCAUUAAGCAAUUCUGCGCAUAUUCUUGGCUUAUUUCCAACUCCAUUCAAAAGUCAUCUUAUCAUUCACAGUGCAAUAGCUGAUGCACUUGUUGAACGUGGUCAUGAUGUAACCGUUGUUUCAACAUUGCCAAAAAUCAACAAAAAUUCUAAAUUUCGUCACAUUCAAUUGGAUAUUAAAGAAUUUUCACCGGCACUUCUGGCAGAUUACAUCAAUGAUCCACCACCUUUCUACAAACGAUACACAUAUUUUAUGGAAGAAAUUAAUAGAUACGCCAAUGAUAGUCUACAUCAUUGGGCCAUGCAAAAGCUUAUGAGGGAGGAGUCCUUUGAUCUGGUGAUUCAAGGAUUUUUCUUGAAUGAAUUUCUAUUGGGAGUUGCAGCACAUUUUAAAUGCCCUGUAGUGGUUUCGUUCAUGAUUCGGACAGGGCCGAGGAUAAAUAGUCUCGUAGGGAAUCCUCAGGAGAUAGCGUAUGUUCCGAGUUAUAUGAGUGGAGGGAAACAGCCGAUGGGAUUUUUUGACAGAGUAAAUCAUUUUAUAUGUAUGAAUUUAUUGGAGAAUGGUUUGGUGAGAUAUAUUGAGCAGUCGAACCAGAAACAUUUUUACAAUGCCAACUUUCCUCAAGACAAGUAUCCCUCGUAUGACGAUAUGAUAAAAAAUAUUUCACUUGUCCUAACAAACCAUCACUUCAGUCAAAGUCCAAUUCGUCCAGAUGUACAAGCAUUAAUCGAAAUUGGAGGAAUUCAAAUUAAAGAUAAUCCUGCUCCUCUGCCCGAGGACUUACAAUCAAUUAUGGACAAAUCAUCCGAGCAUGGAGUGAUUUUCUUCAGUGUUGGAUCUAACAUUCCUUCGAGUAAAUUAGAUCCCAUCAAAGUGAAGAUAAUAUUUGAUUUACUUUCAAAACUUCCUCAAACUAUUCUGUGGAAAUGGGAUGAUUCAAAUAAUUUACCAGGAACAUCUUCAAAUAUUAUUUACAAAACGUGGUUACCUCAAGAAAGUAUAUUAUCUCAUCCAAAUGUUAAACUUUUUAUAACCCACGGUGGCCAAGGAAGUGUUGUUGAGUCUCAAUUUUAUGGCGUUCCAAUGGUUGGUGUUCCGAUGUUUGGUGAUCAACCAGCAAAUAUGGAAAAUGUUGAGUUACUUGGAUUUGGAUUGUCUGUUAAAUUUGCAACACUUACAAAAGAAGCAUUUGAAAAUGCUGUAACAGAGGUUUUAAGAAACAAAAAAUACACCAACACUGUUCGGAAGUUUGCUACACUUUACAAAGACAGACCGAUGACAGCAAGACAAACUGCAGUUUUUUGGAUUGAAUAUGUGUUAAGGCAUCACGGUGCUCCACACAUGCAAAGUCCUGCAGUACAUUUGAACGCAUUACAGUUGAUGUCAGUUGAUGUGAUUGGCUUUUUAUUAGCUAUUUUGUAUAUUGUUUUCAAAAUUAUCAAGACUUGUUUUUCAAUGUUUUUAAAACUAUUAGUGAAAAGGAAAAGUAAAACUGAAUAAAUAAAACUAAGUCUAAAAUAUAUAAAAAC